AUAGCUACGACCGUUGCAUUCAUCGUCAGAGCUCCUUCAACCGAGAAGAAUUAGGGCAUUCAGUUAGCUAGCUAGCUAGUGUACGUAGUGAUUGAUGGAGUGGAGGAAGGGCUAUUUGGAUCUUGUGCUGGUGCCUUUAGGCCUCCUCCUCCCACUCGUCUACCACCUCUGGCUCUGGUACAGAGUCCGGUCCAAGCCGCUGCACACCAUCAUCGGCAUCAACUCUGUUGGCCGUCGUCUUUGGGUCGAAGCCGUGAUGAAGGACAAUGACAAGAAGAACAUAUUGGCGGUGCAAACGAUCCGGAACACGAUCAUGGGGUCGACGCUGAUGGCCACCACCUCCAUCCUCCUCAGCUCCGGCCUCGCGGCCGUCCUCAGCAGCACCUACUCGGUCAAGCGGCCGCUGUACGACUCCGUCUUCGGCGCGCACGGCGAGUUCAUGGUGGCACUCAAGUACGUGUCCCUCCUCGUCGUCUUCGUCUUCGCCUUCCUCUGCCACUCCCUCUCCAUCCGCUUCGUCAACCAGGCCAACUUCCUCAUCAACGUCCCUCUCUCUGACUCCCUCGUCACCGUCGCCUACGUCGCCGACCUCCUCGAGAAGGGCUUCGCCCUCAACACCGUCGGCAACCGCCUCUUCUACGCUGCCCUGCCGCUGCUCCUCUGGAUCUUCGGCCCUCUGCCCGUCGUUUUCUCCUCCCUAACCAUGGUGCUCAUUUUGUACAACCUCGAUGUGGUGUAUGAGGUACGAGGCAAAAGUAAAGACGACGAGAAGGGCUGCGUGUAAACCAUUAGCCAGCACCCAACACAAAGGUGGCCGGCAAAUUAAUAAUACCAUAGAUUUAAAAUGGUUCCUGCCUUUACGCUGUUGCGGUUGAUCAUACUUUUCUUCAG